AUCCAUAAAAAUUUUUCUAACAAUCGAAUUUUGCAGCUUGCAAAGGGAGGCCGCCAUUGGCAUUGGCAUUUAUUAGCAAGCUAGGGCGUCAAGUGAUAAGCCAGCGAACUCCCGUCAAUUGUUGGAAUCUGCAUAAGCUCCGCCCUGUAGAUCCGUCUUGCGGCAGCCAUGUUUGGAGCAUUGUCGCGCGUUGCGGUCGCCCUCGUUGGGUUGGCCUGGCCGAGCUACCUGAGUUUCAAAGCCGUUGAGAGCCCCGGGAAGACAGAUGACGUGCAGUGGCUGACGUAUUGGACCGUGUAUGCCUUCAUCGGCUUUUUUGAGCAAGUCGCUCGGGAGUUCCUGGCGUAUGUUCCCCUGUAUGAUGAGCUCAAGCUGCUCUUCCUCCUGUGGCUGUGGAUGCCUCAGUUCAAGGGCGCCACUUUCAUUUACGAGCGCUACUUGGCUCCCUGGUUCAAGACAAACGCCAAAACGCUGGACUCGUAUGCAUCGCUGGGGCAAAGCAAGCUGAAUGAAGUUGUCUCCCCAGAAGCCCAUAAUCAACUGAACCAGUAUAUCCAGCAGCAUGGAGUUGACGCCCUCCAAAGCUUUCUCCAGAAGCCAAGGUAACUUAAUGUGGUGUGAGCUCGUCAUAUACAUAUGGAACAUUACAUAGUUGCAAUGCAUACACCUGGGUCAAUAAAUGUAUACACGUCUUUGUAGUUAGGCUUCAAGAACUUCCUUGCAGCUGUAAAUCUUAGUGGAAACAUCCAAUAAGUUCAGACUUGUGAAAGAACCCUUCAGGGCUCAAAUACGCAACACUCUUGGAAGUUCCAUUUUGAUGGAAACGCAUGCAAAUGAGUCAGGCCGCCACCAUUCGUUACGACAUUCAUCUGGCGGUUAGGACAUGAGCCAAUGGGCCAACAAACUCUAUCAAUCCAACUUCCAUUCAGUGGCCCAGCAUUUGAACCUUAUCGACCACGCAAGUAAGGUGCCAGGCUGCGGGCAUUACAAGAGACUAGAGCAGCAUUGCAUGCAUUGUGAUCGCUGUAUGCCAAGCAGGAGUUGAAGACCAGAUACAGCCCG